AUGACUUCGGUCCAACUCCCUCCGUUCAAUAACACGCCAGUCGAGCAGAUCCCUUCCCUCGUCUCCAGGCUUCGAAACACAUUCUUCUCCCAGAAGACGCGCCCUGCCGAGUUCCGAAUCAAGCAACUGCGCAAGCUGUACUGGGCAAUCGCCGACCACGAAAAAGAGCUCUUGGAGGCACUAUCGCGGGAUCUGGGUAAAGGCUCGUUCGAAGCAUUCACUGGGGAGAUCAAUUGGGUCCAGAACGAUAUCGUCUUCACGACUCAAAAUAUAGAGAAGUGGAUGAAGGAUGAGAAGCCCGCCGAUAUCGCCUUCUCGAAUCGCCUGGUCAACCCGAAAAUCCGUAAGGAUCCCCUGGGUGUAGUGCUUGUAAUUGGUGCUUUCAACUUUCCCGUGAAUUUGUCCUUUGGCCCUAUGAUUGGAGCCAUUGCGGCAGGAAAUACUGUCGUUUUGAAGCCUUCGGAGCAGUCACCUCACAGUGCCGCAGUCAUGCAAAAAAUCAUUGAGACGGCGCUUGAUCCUGAUUGCUAUGCUUGCGUCCAGGGUGCUAUCCCCGAAACUUCAGCAUUGCUGGAGCAGAAGUGGGAUAAAAUCUUCUUUACUGGGUCUGCCCGCACAGCCAAGAUCAUCGCCCAGGCAGCGGCAAAGAACCUGACUCCAGUCGCCCUAGAGUUGGGUGGACGGAAUCCUGCAAUCGUGACCAAGAAGGCGGAUAUGCGCCUGGUAGCUCGACGGCUGCUGUGGUCCAAGACCAUGAACGCGGGUCAGAUUUGUAUCAGUCAAAACUGCAUCCUGGCCGAUAGGGAAGUUGUCCCGACUCUGAUCGCCGAGCUGAAAACGGCUAUCCAAGAAUUCUUCCCGGAAGGUGCCAAGAAGAGCGCCGACUACUCCAGGAUAGUCAACAUCAACUCAUUCAAUCGCAUCAAGAAGAUGCUCGACAACACCUCGGGCAGGAUUGCUAUUGGCGGAACCAUGGAUGCGGACCAGCUCUUCAUUGAGCCGACCGUUAUCGAAGUCACAGAUCCCAAGGACUCGCUGCUGGUAGAAGAGUCUUUUGGACCUCUGAUCCCCAUCUUGCCCGUCGACAACCUUGAUCAAGCCAUCAGCAUUGCCAAUGAGCUCCAUGAGACCCCAUUGGGCGUGUACGCCUUUGGAUCCAAGGCCGAGACUGAUAAAGUCUUAGCAGGCACGCGCUCUGGCGGUGCGAGCAUCAACGAUGGCUUCUUCCACGGCAUCAUACCGAACUUACCUUUCGGUGGGGUGGGCGACUCGGGCACUGGUGCAUACCGCGGCAAAGCCUCAUUCGACUGCUUUACACAUCGUCGAUCAAUCACAUAUACACCAAGCUGGAUGGAAAGCUUGUUGGCAGUGAGAUACCCUCCUUUUGCCGGAACUGGCAAGCUGGCACAGUUCAACAAGAUGGGACUGCUGAAGCCCGACUUUGAUCGAAAUGGCAAUCGAAAGAUAGGGGUUCUGUGGUACUUGCUCACGCUGGGAGCCGGCAGUAUAUCGGGAGGUGCGUUUAGAGCAGUCUUGUUUGCGGGCAUUUGCGUCGCCUUGAAGGCCUUCGUGGAUGGGAAGACACUGACCGUCAGCAAAUAA